UGCCGUUAUUACCCCGUGGAACAGCCUUUCAUCAAGAAGAAGAAGAACGCUGACUUCUGUACGCCGGGCUCACUGCCUUGGCCUGGGAAACUGCCCUGCGCUACCCUCGCAACCCUCUGAAACAAGUAUGAUGCGUAUCUCUAUCGUGGUCCUCUGCUUGCUGACGUUAUGCAUCGCGAGGCAGUUUCCAGAUUUCAGACCACAAGACACUGAUACGUACCAGGACCUAACUGAUUUAUCAAAUUAUACUACGAGUACAACAAAACCUGAAUACCCCCUCGUAGGAAAUAAAGUGAACGUGAACCCUGAUAGCGGAAAAUUCGGAUACGGAAUUACGUGCAAGAGCGACGAGGAGUGUGCAUCCGGCUUAGGGUUGGCAUGCAUUGCGAGAAGGGCCGCACUUGCAUCGAGGUGCGACUGCGCCCGGGGAACACCGAUUUUCAUAAGGGACACCGAUGGAGUCGCUAAGUGUGUUCGAGGAAAGCACUUGUACGAAUCCUGUGUGAGCGACUUGGAAUGCGCUCAUCACGAUAAGAACAUGCAAUGCGUCGACUUCCUAUGCUACUGCCCUCAGCCUUUCGUGCUUGCUGAUAACCAGAAGUGCCUUUCACGCAAACCAUCUCGGGCAAACGUUCUUUUCGGCACCUUACCAACACUGGUACUUCUUCUAACAUUGCUGGUCAUCGGAGCAGCUUACUCAUAUAGACGGCUAUCACGCGCAACGAAGGAGAAGGAAUCCUGUGUCGGGCCUAGAGACACUGUGGAUGCUUCAACAGACUUCUUGGAGUGGCGUCCAGAUACUGGCUCGUCCGUAUCUUUCACCCAACACCGCCCUCGCACGUCUUCUGCCUUUCAGAGCAGCAUUGACCCUCGACAGCGUUAUUACCAAAAGUACGGGGAACAUGCCUCUUGGGGUUACGCCAGAAUUCCUAAGCAUCCACCACGGUACAUCCGGUAUUCUAAGGACACCCAGGCUAACAACGAAGCAAAUAGUACCUUUGUUUUUGACGACUGCUCAACGUUGCUCGAGAAGAAAACCUGUAUUGCCCCUAUUCAUCAAAGGCCGACUACACCCCUUGCGCGUUCGGUCGACGACACCAGAUCGUCACUAAGGUACAAACGGCGACGUACCAGCCACAGAAAGAUAAACAGAGGAAGAAACCGCAAUCAAGAUGAGCCCCCAACAUCGAAGCUGCCAUCCUCGAGGCAUAUCUCAUAUCCCAAAGAAUUGAAGGACCUCCUCCUUGCACGAGAUGUCCUGGUGAAUGUGGAACCCAUAAAGUCGGUUAUAACAGCUGGGAAAACUGCAUUUGCGUCACAAGGGGCUGCAGUGGAAGACUCGUGUGUAAACCACGAGCGUGAAAGCAUAGAAUCUUCAACGAAAGAUCCCGACGUCUUCUCGGGAUCAAUUAGACACAACAAAGCAACUUCGCGUGCAACGGGCAUAACAAUCCAAACGCCUCCUCCGCAGGAACCUGGUGAUAAUUAUGCAGUGUCCGAGGAAUGUGUACCAACGGACAGGUCAACAUCACAGAAAAUGCCCUCUUUGAUAGUCACAUACCGCGACUUGAAGUAUUACGCAAGCACAGCACCAUUUGGAACAUCUCCGAAUACAAAAUCGUCCUACGGAGAAUCUUCAGGCAUAAACUCCUAUCCUUCAAAACCCUCCGACAUAUCCGUGUCCUGGACAUUACCUCCUGGUACUUGUUGCCAGGCGAACUUUGUGGAUGUUGCUUCUGGUCAAUCAGACACAAUUGGUGGACAAAGUGCAGUGAUAGGAGAAACAGGGAACGAGCAUGGUGUAACCAAUACGUCAGGAGGUGAAGAAAUGGAAACUGAAGUGCUGCAUGGUAGCCAAUAUGAACCAGGGCGCACGGAACAGAAACUAAAGGAACAACUUCAAUUAACCAUGACUAAAUGGGGCAGCAGAAUAAUUAGUGAACCAUCGUUCCUUCCACCAAGAAAUGUUGAGGACAGUCACCCGACUGUUACAGGUACGUGUCCGGCAAGAGAACAGAUUUUGCAGCCCUCAGACAUCAAACAUGUAAACCUAACCCCGCAUAUUAAGUCAGAACCUAGCAGUCCAAACUUGACGACAAAAAUGGCAGGCCCAAAUAUUCAUUUAAUAGAUAGCACCUUGAUACCAUCAUGCCUGCCACAGGAUGUGUUCUCACCGGAAGAUCGGCCUGUCACGGGAGAUAGCUAUACAACACUACCUGAGCUCAUGUCAUCUGGUUUCGACUUCGUCUCAUUAGAUAUCAACCGGGCAUCGACGGAAGAAAUAUCGUCCUGCCGUCUUAGCGCUUCUGACAAUGCUGGAUUUGAACGAUGUUCUGCUAAAGAUGAUGGAAUGUCCCAGGAAUGGCGCAACACACCGAGUCGGAGAGCGCGGCGAUCCACGACAGAACUCUCUCCAAGCCCGCAGUGCCAAAGCGAUGCAGCGAGGACAUUUGUCGACGCACUGUGUCCAGCUACUAAGUUACUUUCUAAUGAAAUUGCGAUCCACAAUCGACGAAUUAAUGAAACAAAACCUACCAACACCCACGAGGCACUAUUGGAGACCAGGCCUGCCACGACAUUGAGGCCAAUAGCGAUUAGAGCUCUCCCUUCGUUUAUUGUGUGCGAGAGCAGCGUCAGGGAGGCAAGCAAUAAAGAAAUAAUGGAAGGAAGUUCCAAGGAAGAAAUGAGGGUCUCUUCAGAGCCAUCGUCCUGUGAUGCAGAUGGAGACGAUCCUUCAAACUUGGUAGCAGUGUCGAUCAUGUCGUCGCGUUCUGAAUCUGACUUAUGUCCCGAUAUCGAGCUCGACAAGUCUCAUUCUCCAGUGUCUUCAGACAAAGGGCGUUCAGCAGAGCACCAGGAAGGAAAAAACGAUGCUGGGCUGCGCGAGUCAGCCAACAUGCUGGGAGAUGUCGAUGCUUCGACGAGUGAUAAAGAACGACGCAUUUCAGGCAAUGGUAGCAUCUGCAGUGUCCAUACUCAAGCACAGGAAACCAUUUCCGGUCACUGUAGCAAGCACCAGCAGGGACAGACUUUAGGACGCGUUUCUGGAAAAGCGUUUCGUGCGCCAUUUAUGGAACUCUUGGCACUGGGUAACCGGCAUUACUACCGAGAACGCCGAAAUCUGUCGCCGGUGCAGCCCCCAAGUAUACUUGAUGAAACUCUCUACAUCCUAGACAAGAUGCGACCCUUAAAUUCGACGCCCAACUUCUACAUGCCACACUUCCGCAUCGCAAUGCACGAUGUGCGAGACACCAUUAAGCCACUGAAGUUGCAAGAUCUGGUUCUGCGACAGCACCCAGUUUUAAGAGCUAUUAUGGAAUUACAUCGGGGACAACGAGGGCUUGAAGGUUCUCGAACACAUUUUAGUUACUUAAAUCCGACAGAUUGCUUGCUGGCUCAGAACAGCCCGAGUGUGACGGAAACAGAACAUUCUGCUCUGCACGGAAGAGGUCGUGUUAAGUCACUAAUAACAGAGUCACUUGUCACUCCGGAAAAAGUAGACAUGGGUCCAGUGAUACGUUCCUCCUUUCACAACGUCCCAACCGAACGAAGCUCUGAGUCCGCAGCGACACUGCUGUCCGUCCCCGCUGGGAUGGACGGCGGCGGAACGGUAGCCGCUAUACCCACUUCAAUCCCUCAUACUCGAUUCCAAACCUCACGAAGCGGUUCUGCUAACCCAGCUAGAAGACAUGCUUCGGUUUUAGAAGAGACAUGUUUCGAAUCAUUGUAUAACGCCGUCUUACUGUCGCAAAGCAGUGCAGCCAAAUCUGAAACCCAGAAAAGAUCAAACCCAGGUUCAUCAGAACAAAAGAGAGCCCGGAGGGUGUCGUUCCCCACUGAGUUGGUUUCCACGCCCGUUGCUUCUACCUCGCAGGAUCCCAGGGUCUCACUCAGCGACUCUGGUGUCUCCAAGACUACGCCCUACAACCUCCACCGGCAACAGGAGUCGGACUCGACGUUACAUGGACAACUCCUGUCUUCUGGACUGUGUUCACCUGAAGAUCACUCGGAAUAUUUUCCUGUGUCAAGCAUCGUGACACUGAGUCCCAUGGAGCCGGUACAGACAUUAAGUAAUGUCGCUAAGGCUGUCUCGUGCCCUCCACACUCAGUGGACCAUAAGCGAAGUUUGCCUAACUGUCGCACAGUAAGCAGGCGAUCAGUUUCCUUCAAAGAGACGCUAUCCGAUUCCGCACUUCGUCGUAGUCGUAUCCACCCUAACAAUGAUAAGUCUACAUAAGCCGCAAAUAAUAAACCUUGAAUGGAGUCAUCGUAGUGGUAACGUGAUUACCGUGAUUACAGUUGUCCGAAUCCAAAGUGGAGGCGCGUGUUCCAUAAAGUCUAUGAGCUACAACUUUUCUUGUUCUGACGUACUCGUUCGAUAGAUAACGGAAGGAAGACCUGAAUAGUAUGACACUCAUGUAAUAAAUGAAACCAUUUCUUCCACAUAUCCCCA